UUCUCGCAUGAAUCUCCUCGACCCCUUCCUGAAGAUGACCGAGGAGCAGGAGAAGUGCCUGUCCGGCGCCCCCAGCCCGAGCGGGUCGGACGACUCGGCCGGCUCGCCCUGCCCGUCGGGCUCCGGCUCGGACGCCGAGAACACCCGGCCGCAGGAGAACACCUUCCCCGCCGCCGACGCGGACCUGAAGAAGGAGAGCGACGAGGAGAAGUUCCCGGUGUGCAUCCGCGAGGCCGUCAGCCAGGUGCUCAAGGGCUACGACUGGACCCUGGUGCCCAUGCCCGUGCGGGUGAACGGCUCCAGCAAGAACAAGCCCCACGUCAAGCGCCCCAUGAACGCCUUCAUGGUGUGGGCGCAGGCCGCCCGCAGGAAGCUGGCCGACCAGUACCCGCACCUGCACAACGCCGAGCUCAGCAAGACCCUGGGCAAGCUCUGGAGGUUGCUGAAUGAGAGCGAGAAACGCCCGUUUGUGGAGGAGGCUGAGAGGCUUCGGGUGCAGCACAAAAAAGACCAUCCAGACUACAAGUACCAGCCCCGGAGAAGAAAAUCCGUCAAGAAUGGGCAGGCGGAGCAGGAGGAAGGCUCUGAGCAAACCCACAUCUCUCCUAAUGCCAUCUUCAAGGCCCUGCAGGCAGAUUCUCCCCAGUCUUCGUCCAGCAUGAGUGAAGUGCACUCCCCUGGGGAACAUUCUGGCCAAUCUCAAGGGCCGCCUACCCCUCCUACAACCCCUAAAACAGAUGUCCAGCCUGGAAAGCAAGACCUGAAGCGAGAAGGACGCCCCCUGCCAGAAGGAGGGAGGCAGCCACCCCACAUCGACUUCCGAGACGUGGACAUUGGUGAGCUCAGCAGUGACGUCAUCUCAAACAUUGAGACCUUUGAUGUCAAUGAGUUUGACCAGUAUCUCCCUCCCAAUGGCCACCCAGGCGCUCCAGUCACCCAUGGCCAACCAGGCCAAGUCACUUAUACCGGCAGCUAUGGAAUCAGCAGCACAACGGCUACACCAGCAGGUACUGGUCACGUCUGGAUGUCUAAGCAACAGCCACCCUCUCAGCAGCCACCGUCCCAAGCUCAGCAGCAAGCACCGCAGCAACAGCAGCAUACACUAACCACCCUGAGUAGCGAACAGGGGCAGCCUCAGCAGAGGACACACAUCAAGACCGAGCAGCUCAGUCCCAGCCAUUACACUGAGCAGCAGCAGCAUUCUCCUCAGCAGAUCAGCUAUACCUCCUUCAACCUCCAGCACUACAGUUCUUCCUACCCCACUAUCACUCGCUCCCAGUAUGACUACACCGACCACCAGAGCUCCAACUCCUACUACAGUCACGCAGCCGGCCAGAGUUCCAGCCUCUACUCAACAUUCACCUACAUGAACCCCACCCAGAGGCCAAUGUACACACCGAUUGCAGACACGACAGGGGUGCCUUCCAUUCCUCAGACCCACAGCCCACAACACUGGGAACAGCCUGUCUACACACAACUCACAAGGCCAUAAGGCUUUCAGAGAUGGUUAGACUUCCUCAGACUUACAAAAGACAUUUAAGCUAAAAGUGAAUGGAAAAAAAA